AUUUUGCAGGAAGACAACUUUUCAUCAAAAUAAUCACCAGAACAGGGAUAUUUCUCACUGUACAUGGACUCACAAGGUUGGUAAGACACUUGGAACAUGAWCUACUAAUCACAGCUAAUGUACAUUUGCAGCUGAUUAAAUUUUGAUGACAACCCCAUUCAAGAUGGCCACCACAGCCAAGCAACAUCCGCAAACAUAAAAAUGGAUACAAGACAGACAAGUUUUCUGAUARUGAGCUAAAAUUUMGUGUAAUUGUUUUAGUCUUAAAUGCUGGCAUGAAAGGUGGUGGUCGGUAUGCAUUCCUUCAAGGAAUCAGUCUUAAUUUCAGUCAUUAGAAAAUAAGCUAUAUCUUUAUUUGUUUUUAUUUAUUCAUUUUUUGUUUGUUUAUUUUUUUUUUUUGACUCUGAUUUAAGUUUUCUCUUUCAGUCUCUUAACAAUCUUCAGUAUGAACUCAUCCGCAGCAAACCCCGAGCCCAUCAUUUGUGAGGUCUGUGGAGCGUACUUUGAGAACAAAAGAGGCCUCUCCAGCCAUGCUCGCCUCCAUCUCCGCCAGCUCGGCAUGACGGUGACAGAGAACAGCGGGUCUCCCAUAGAGCUGCUCUACCAGCUGAUUGAAGAGAAAAACGUCUCUCCUGCGGAUUCAAAAACAGGCCACUCUGCGUCUGUGUCGACACCUCCUAAGAAAGCUGACGGCCAGUCAGAGUGCAACGCGUCACCGGAGCCGGAAGACGUGAAUUCUUCCACCAAGACUGAUGGGAGAGUCUUAUCAAAGCUGCAAAAGAGCGAUCAUCAGGGAUCUCCAUCCAAACUGAAGGAACAGGGAGCAGCUCUUCUCCCCUCAUCUCCUUCUGCUCUGAAGCCAAAUGAAGGCAGCAGCUCCUCAUUUUCAGAUCAGCAAGCCAAGCCGAUGUGGGCGCCUUCGGACACUGAUGCCCCGAUCACUUUAGCUUCAGUUCCCAACGAUGAGGUCCACGUUUGCCAACUUUGUGGCUCCUGGUACGAGACCCGCAAGGGCCUGGCUAGUCACGCUCGGGCCCACCUCCGGCAGAUUGGAAUCCUCGACAGCGAGAUCAAAAGCAGCCCGAUUGAAUACCUUUACCAGAUCAUGGAGGAGCAGGACUUAAAGCCCAUCAGCGCCAAGCGGCAGGAAGAGCUCAAACCYACCGGUCCUUCUAAAUCCACCAAACGUCCCGUCGAUGUUUCCUCGUCUCUUGCGUCUGCGCCCAGCAAACGGUCGAAAACAUCCAAGGACUUUACCUGUGUUCUGUGCGGGGAGGAAUUUGAGAACCGGAAAGGUCUGGGCAGCCACGCGCGCUCUCACCUGCGUCACAUCGGAGUGAGUGACUUGGUGGGGAAAAGCUCUGCCAUAGGUGCCGUGGAGGAGCUGGUCAGCAGCGGCAUGUUGGGGCCCAUACAUCCACCCAAACCAAACYGUGCAACCGGUUCCUCCGCGGCGCCAUCUCCAGCUCCACCUUCUCCCGUAGUAGUCCCCGCGAAGCCGUCCAAGACUGUGUUCUCUGCCAUGCGCCUCUCACCAAGUCCUACGAGUGCUCAGUCCCCUCAGCCUGCAUGGAACAGGGCACCGAAGGCUAAGAAAGGAUUUCGGCUGGCGGUGGACCCCCUGCUCAGGAAACCAAAGCCUGAACRGAUAGAAACAGAGGUUUUUGUUCAACCAAAGCCAACCACCAGRGACAGCAGCUCUUCUAUGCAGAAACUUUCUACGGCUACCAUUUCUAAAAAGCCUUCUGACUCAGAUGCCCAGUCUCCACCGACGGUCCUCUGUGACUUUUGUGGGCAGCUCUUCGAUACCCGGAAAGCGCUGUCGUGCCAUGUUCGCGCCCACCUGCGGCAUCUCGGUCUGUCAUGGUCGAUCAGAACGUCUCCGAUCGACCUCCUCAGAGAGGUCAUGAUGCAGGGAGAAGACAGGAAAGAGGUGCGCAGCGGGUCUUCGCUAGCGGGCAAAGCCUCGUGGAGGCCUCAAGGCUCCAGGAGAUCCCGGGACAGCCUCCUGUCUGGGGAAAGAGCUUCCAACUCCAGCGCAGUGCCUGUUGAUUAUUCAAUGAAAGAUAAAUCUCCAUCUAAGACUAGAGGUGCGAACCUUGAGACUUCCUGUGACCUCUGUGGAUUUGACUUUGAAAACCGCAAAGCGUUGGCGAGUCACGCUCGGGCCCACCUCCGGCAGCUGGGCAUCUUUGAGUGGAGGCUGGACGGAGCCAGGUCACCGAUCCAGCUCCUCAGUAAUCUGAUCCGGAGAGACCCGAACAAGGUGGCAGAAAUAACCAGACGCUAUCGCUUCGGGGACCUUUACAUCAAGAAGUCUCAGCGAUCAGCUGCUUUGGCCUCUGCCUCGACAGAUCUMGACGGCGCGCCUAGAAGCAGCCAGAAGUCAUCCCUGCAGCAUCAUGAGCGCAAAGUGAGCAGAAUGGACCACAGCAGCAUCAGCGCGCGCACAUCAAGAGGAGUCCAUGCACCAAAACACGGGGUGUCCUCAGGGGAAGAGCACUCCCGGCAUCRACCUCGGUCCGGGAGCAUCCCAGCACUGCUGCCAAAGCCACCUCUCACCCCUCUGGUCAAACUGGUGGGUAAAGAGUACUCCCUCAAGUGCAGGUUCUGUGAAGAAGUGUUUCACGGACCUCUAUCUGUUCAAGAGAAGUGGAUCGCUCACCUGCAGAAACACAUCCUGUCUCUGGGCUACAAAGGCAAAGAGGCUCCACCUUCUCCUCCUGCCACUCCUGCGCCUCCCGUUCCUUCAGCUGCUCCUGCUGCCUCAGCUCUGGUCCCUCCUGUAGCUGUUUAGUUUAAWAAUCUCUCUCUGAUAUGAGUAAAAAAAAGAUGUUCCCUGUUGGACCUGUAGAGGGCAGACACGAGCUAUAAAGAAGGAGAUACUCACUUUAAUCCACUCAGGAAAAAUAAUCUACCCGUUUCCCCAAAAAUAACAAAUACCCCUAUUUUUACAAACAAAACCUCUUUCUCGUGCAUUUAUAUGUUUCAUUUCAUGUUAGUUGUUAUUUCCUAACAAUGAAAAAUCUAGUUUUUAAUGUUCCUCACUGUUUUAAGUUUGUUUGACCCUCAGAAAUCUUGUCUUUUAAAUGUUUUAAAGUCUGAAAUUCAUUUUCUGCAAACACAUUUAUAUCCCAGCAUGCCGUUUGUUUAUGUAUCCUUAUAUGUAAUUGAACAUUUCAUGUGUGGAUUUAAUGGCUGAUGACAGAUAAGGAUGCUUUAUUUUGAUAACAGAACCAACCAUGAGGUCACUUUAUCUGGUUCCUCUUGUUAUAUCGAUUAAAUAUAUGAAGCCUGUGUCAGUUGAUUGGUUGCAGGGUUUGUGGGCCCAGAUCUGCACGAAUCACGAACCCCCGAAGUUAAAUUUUAUCCCUACUUUGUUUUGAAUGAGACCACAACUUCUGUCGAUGCUCUGUACUGUUGAACUUGUAAUGUUUUUUGUCUUAUUUAACUAAAAACAAUCUCUUGUUUAAUUCUCAAGUCCAUAUUUCACAAAAUCCACUGCAAGCCCUUUAAAUUUAUAAAUGGCCAAUUAAUGCCUUAUAAAUGUUUAAAAACACAACCUAAUUAUAAAGCAUUAGUACGUUUAAACUUGAUCUGUUUUAAACUAUAAUGUAAAUAUGUAAAAUGUGAAUUUAUAAAUUUACAUGUUUUUAAGUGACAUUCAGGUGAAGAGAAAAAUAACACGUUAUGUUUAAACUUAGUUUUGCCUUGUCACAAAUUUUUCCAUCAUAUUUUCUUUGUGUUGAGUUGAUGUAUCGAAAUGUUAGAAGAUGCUGUAAAAGGUUAUCAGUUGUAACAGCUGCCAUAUUUUCUGUUUUUCUCCCUUUUGGAUUUAAUUUCACGUCUCUUUCUGCUUCCAUCACUGAGUUUACCAGCGGUGCUAUGGAUCUUCUGCUUCGGGCCAUUAUAUAAAAGUCUGCAUUUUUCUGUCUGAACGUCCUCAGAACAGAGGAAAACUGCAAUAAACAUAAAUAUUCAAACUCC